AAAUAUGAAUUUUCCUCUGAAAAAACAUGAAGAAGGUUACACAAGGAACUUGCUUAGAAAAAGAGUUUCAUGUUUUGGUGAUCAGAAUGGUCAACCACCAUUAAAAUGCUAGUUUACUCGGCAAGAGUUUCAAAAGAUUUGCACUUCUUACUGAUUCGGAGAAAUAUAUAGUCUGAUCAUUAUAUAUAACUUUGGUUAUGAGCAAAAGAAAGAAACUUGUACUAAAAGCAAAUAAUGGCUUCUUCAACUCUUCUUGUCCUCAACUCUCUCCUGCUUCUGCUUCUUCUUCCAACUGCUUCUGCUGCCAUUAACUGUGGUGUACAAAAGCACUCCUCUUUAUCUUCACUUGAUACAAAUUCUUUCUGGGCUUCACCUUCUGGUGAAUUUGCUUUCGGAUUUCGUGAACUCCCUGGGAAGAAUGGGAGUCUCUUCUUGCUUUCCAUUUGGUUCAACAAAAUCCCAGAUGAAACUAUUGUUUGGUCAGCAAAUGGAAAUAAUCCUGCACCAAAAGGGUCAUCAGUCAAUCUGACAGAAACUGGUGAGCUUGUACUCUUUGACCCUCAAGGCGCAGAGUUAUGGAACGCAACAACAAAUGGUGUCGCAGUAGCAGCAGCUACAUGUGCUGCGAUGCUGGAUGUGGGGAACUUUGUGCUCCUAAAUGGAGAUUCUGAUCCAAUAUGGCAAAGCUUCAAAUUGCCUACUGACACAAUCUUGCCGGGGCAGAUAUUUGACACGCCGACCAACCUUUCCUCUCGAGAAUCACCUGCAAGUUAUGCUGAUGGGAGAUUCCUUUUAAGUUUACAAGGUGAUGGAAAUCUGGUACUUUACCCUUUGUCAAGGCCAUCACUACACAAGUUUGCAGCCUAUUGGUCCAGUGGAACAGUUGGUGGAAAUUCCACCUUAAUCUUUGAUGAGGCUGGAUAUAUAUACAUCAAAGAAGGUACCCAGAAAAUCUACAACCUAACAAGAAAAAACUUGGGUGGUUCAAAAGAAGAUUUCUACCAGUUAGCCAGGAUUGGUCAUGAUGGAGUCUUCAGACAAUACUAUCACCCAAGGAAGGCAGGCUGCGAUAACUUGACAUGGGAAGUGUUACAAAGUAUUCCCGAAGAUAUUUGCCUGGCAAUCACGGGGGAUCUUGGUAGUGGGGCUUGUGGAUAUAACAGCUAUUGUGCUGUAACAAACAGUGAACCCAAUUGCUUCUGUCCAGAAGGGUAUUCAUUCUUGGACCAGUCGAAUAAGUACAAAGGUUGUAAACCAGAUUUCCCACUUCCCAGUUGCCAGGCUAAUGGAUGGGAAGCAAGGCAUGAACUGAUAGAAUUUAAAGAGCUUCUCAACACAAAUUGGCCGUUGACGGACUAUGACUUGCAGGUUGGUAGUGGAGUGGACGAGGAGACAUGUAAGCAAUUGUGCCGUGAAGACUGUUUCUGCGCGACGAUCAUUUUUGAUGGGAAGGAGAGUUGUUGGAAGAAGAAGCAUCCUCUGUCCAAUGGAAGGAAAGAUGCAAGUGUGGCUGGAAAAGCUCUGAUUAAGGUACCAAAAGUUAAUGUCACACAUAUGUUGCUCAAUGAAAAUUGCCCCUCGAAAAAAGACCAGUCCACUGUGAUUCUCAUCAUUUCUGUACUAUUGGGGAGCUCCGCAUUUAUCAAUCUGCUUCUAAUAUUAGCCAUCUCUUUAGCUAUAUUCUUCUUGUAUAGACAAAAACAACUCAAUCUUUCAUCAGUUUCAAGCAUGACAAGUUCAAGUGUAAGGAGUUACACAUACAAAGAGCUCGAGGAAGCAACCGGGGGCUUCAAGCAAAAAUUGGGUAAAGGUGCUUUUGGCACAGUUUAUAAAGGGGUCUUAAAAUCAGAUCCCGGAAGAUUCCUCGCUGUCAAGAAGCUGGAUAAGGUAGUGCAAGAAGGUGAGAAAGAAUUCAAAACAGAAGUGAAUGCUAUUGGACAAACUCAUCACAGGAAUCUAGUUCGGUUGUUUGGCUAUUGCGAUGAGGGGGAGAACCGGCUUUUGGUUUACGAGUACAUGAGCAAUGGAUCUUUAGCCAGCUUGUUGUUUGGUAUUUCCAGGCCAGACUGGAAUCAAAGAGUGCAAAUUGCAUUGGGGAUUGCUAGAGGCCUAAUGUACUUGCAUGAAGAGUGCAGCAACCAAAUCAUCCAUUGUGACAUAAAACCACAAAACAUACUCAUGGAUGAGUACCUUGUUCCUAGGAUUUCUGACUUUGGAUUGGCAAAGCUUCUGUUGGUUGAUCAAACGAGAGUAACUCGCACGGGAGUACGUGGGACUAUUGGAUACUUUGCUCCUGAAUGGUUCAGGAGAGGAUCAAUCACUGUCAAAGUUGAUGUCUAUGGCUUUGGAGUGAUGCUGAUUGAGAUCAUCUGCUGCAAAUCUAGUGUUGCAUUUGCAGUGGGUUGUAAUCAAGAGGAGGCACUCAUUGAUUGGGCUUAUCAUUGUUAUACCCAAAGAAAAAUGGAGAAGAUGGUGGAAAAUGAUGAGGAGGCAAGAAAUGACUUGAAAUGACUUGAAGAUGGUGGCAAUUUGGUGUAUUCAAGAGGAUCCUUCGCUUCGACCGACCAUGAGAAAGGUCACAUGCAUGCUUGAGGGAGUCAUAGAUGUCUCUGUGCCUCCAUGCCCUUCAAAUUUCAUCUCAUUUUGAACUAUUUUACUGUUCUACAUUACCACAUGUAUGUUUCUGAACAUGUCAAUGCCUUUGUCUGUGUAUUUUUUGUAUCCAUAUGAAUAAGGACGAACUGGGGUGAUGUUGCCUUUGUCCAUUUUGAAUAAAAUCUAAGAGGUUUGAAAAGUAAGUUUGAUGUCAUUGUUCCAGGUAGUUUCUUGUCAACUUUGGCUGUUUUAUUUUCCAGAGUUGUUUAUACCCUGCAAUAUUUGUCAAAUUGUCUAGUUU